UCACAUCUCCAUAGAAAAUAAAAAAAACAACACCACAAUGUCACAAUCAUCAUCGCCGCCACCGCCAGCGCCGCCCUCCAGAUUUGCCAAUCGUCCGCCUCGAAUACUCAUUCGCAAUCCUCCCAACAGUAAUGGCUCAGCGAUGGGUUCAAUGCCACCUACAGCACAGACCGGCACUUAUGGCACAGCCUCCGUGGCCGGAGCCCCAUAUUGGCCGCCCUAUGCCAAUCCCUUUGCGGCCGGCAAUUUUAUGGCCAAAGGGUUUGAGGGCUUCGUCGAUUUCACCAAAUCGGGCAUGAGUUUUGGUGAGAAAUUCACCUUUAGCAUGUACAAUAAGCUGAGUAAAUGGUCCAAGAAAUGGUUUACACACAUCUUCCUGCUGACCGUGGUGGCGCUGUACACCGUGGGCGGAGCGCUGCUCUUCAAGGCUGUUGAAAGUAGACAAGAAGAAUUGGCCCACAUCAAUACCCACGAGGAACAGAAGCAACUAUUUAAUGCCAUGCGUCGCCUGGCCGAGGAUCAUGAAACGAGAAAGUCCCAAAGAGUUUAAUGGCCAGCUGAUACGAACGCUGCGAGAUCAUCAGGCGGGCGUGGAAUCUUUGCUGAACAAUAACAAGACUCUGGAGGAACUGGCAGCGCCCCAAAAAACCUGGUCCUUUUGGAAUGCCAUGUUUUUCUGCAGUACCAUCU